AACAUUUUUGACUUUGCCUCUGUCGAAAGGUUGCAUAACUCGUAAACAAAAAUGAUUUGUUCAUUUCUGUAAUGGCUCGUAGAGCUACUUGUUUGACAGGGCAAAAGUUACUACUUUUCUCCCGUUUAAGCUCAUCAGAACCCUGUAUAGUACAAAAAUGUUUGCCUCGAAGCCUCAACACCAAAAGUACUCUCUCGCCCUUAGUGUUGAGAAAGAACGUAGCCUCAAUAGAAGAUGAUAGCAAAGUUUAUUUAUGUAGGCAGUUGUUUACUUUACCCAAUCCCCUAGGCAGUAAGCGAAAAGAAUAUUCUGAGAAAAGAGUUCUUGGAUAUUCAAUGGAACAGUUGUAUGAAGUCGUUGCUGAUGUUGAGCAUUAUAAAGACUUUUUGCCCUGGUGCAAUAAAUCAACUGUAACUAAAAGAAGACCUGGGCAUAUAAAAGCAGAACUCCAAAUCGGUUUUCCACCAUUGUUAGAAAGCUAUACAUCAUCUGUAACUCUUGCUAAGCCUCAUUUAGUGAAGGCUUGCUGCACAGAUGGGAAGUUAUUCAAUCAUUUAGAAACAGUUUGGAAUAUUAAACCUGGUUUGCCUGAUAAUCCUAAGUCUUGCACUCUUUAUUUUUAUGUGUCCUUUGAAUUUCGUUCCUUGCUUCAUUCGCAAGUUGCCCAUGUAUUUUUUAAUGAAGUUGUGAGGCAAAUGGUGAAUGCCUUCUUAAAUCGUGCUGAGCAACUCUAUGGGAAGCAGACUCAUGUAAAGCUGAAGCCAGGCUUUAUACGCAGUAUACCUUAAAUAUAAUUUAUUUAGAUAAAUAAAACUUGAAUAUAUUUAUUUAUUAGAUGGAACUGGAUUGAAAAAUAAAAAUAUCAAAUGUUAUUUUAUUUAAUAUCAAUUUAAAUAUAUUUUAUUGAAUACUUAAUAUAUAACUAUCUUCCUUUACUGCUUUAAUAGAAGUUUAUAGAUGCAAGAAUGUUUGUUAUAAAGAUAUUAUUUAUAUAUUUAUUUUUUUAAGUCACAAUCUGUUGUUUUAUAAAUAAAAAUUACCAGCUAUUAAUUCAUGUGGAAAUAACAUACUACUAUAGAUGAAAUACAUUUUUAAAUAAAUAUAUUCACUGAAUUAUUGUUAUAAAUUUAUGUAUUGAUCCUUUCAUAAUUUAUUAUGAACUGCUCUAAGAAAAAAAUUAUAUAUUAUGAAUUCUAUUCAAAGUUUUUAUCUUUCAUAAAAAAAUUUAAUAAAGGAAAUUUUAAUAAAAGUUCUCUUGCUUUUUAAAAUUAUAAACAUAUUUUACUUAUUUUUUAUAGCUAUUAAAAUAUCAAGAAUAGAGAUAUAAAGAAUAAAAUAUCAAGAAUCAUAUAUAUAUUAUAAAUAAUAGUUGUAUUUACUACUAUAAAAUUGUCAUUUUCAACUUCUCAGCAUGUUAAUUCCCAUAUAAUUGAAUUAUAGAAGUAUAUGAAGAAGUUUGUAGAAUGAAAUACAGAAUUAGUAAUGCUCAUCACAUGACUAAAGAAAUGAAAUUUCAGAUUUUUAAUUAGCUUCUAAAUAGAUGUUUCAAUUUGCUACAUAUCUACUUAAAAGUUUUUUUAAAAAGUUAAUAUCUUCAUACUAGAUUCAUUUGAAGUAACUUUUCUCUAUAAUCAACGUUUUCAUAUUCAUUUCAAAAGAAAGGGGGGGGGAAACGCAUCACUUUUUGUAUAUUAUAAAUUAAAACAUAUUAGUUUUUAAAAAUUUAGGAAAUAUUCAAAGUAAAAAGUAAUAAAAUUUUUAAGUGCUCUUAUCAGAACAAUAAGCAUAUUUGUAGUAGCAUUUCCAUCAUUGAAUCUUGAUGUUUCAUUAAUAGCAAUCGAUUUUCUUUAAAAGCAUUGUCAUCAAUUUACAUUACGUUGUUAUAAUAAGUAUUUUCAAAGAAAUAUCUUUAGAUUUUUGUUGAAAAUGUAAAUUAUCCUUUUUUUAUAGGAUGUUUAUCCUAUUAAUAAAAUAUUAAAAAUGAC